UACGCGUGUCGAGGUCAAAGUUGGUGUUGACAUUCUGUGCUAAAAUGGCUGAAUUAGACAUUGGGAAGCAUUGUCAACUCGACUCUUGUCAUCAGAAUGAUUUCCUUCCAUUUACCUGUGAUGUAUGUGGUGGUAUUUUCUGCAUUGAUCACAGAAGCAGAGAGGCCCACUCAUGUUCACAGGUGAUUGUGAAAAGAGAAUUCUGCACAUCGGGUGGCAGCACGAGUUAUCCGUGCUCAUUUCCAGAUUGCAAAGGGAAAGAAUUGCUGCCUGUGAUUUGUCCACAGUGUGGAAAACAUUUCUGUUUGGCCCAUCGAUAUCACGAAGAUCACAAAUGUGAGAAAUUUGAGAACCCAAAGCCUCGAAUGUCAGCCACCAAAGAGCUAGUGCAAAAGAUAAUGGAGUCAAAGGAGGGAUCCAAAAAUAAAGGACGAAGAGGAGCAAAGAACAGUGCAACUGCAGCUAAGGUAGCAUUGAUGAAACUGAAAAUGCAUGCUGCUGGAGACAAGGGACUACCACAGACAGAGAGAACUUAUCUUCAGGUUUACCUUCCUAAGGAAUCUAAAUCCUCAAGCCAGCCGAUGUUCUUCUGUUCCAAAUGGAGUGUGGGGAAAGUGGUGGAUUACGCUGCCUCCCAAGCAGGCCUCAAGAACAACAAUAAUGUACUGACUGCAAAGAAGCUGCGGCUGUGCCAUCCUCAGAUGGGUGAGGCGAUGCAGAUGGAUGCCACUUUGCUGUCACUGUUGGCUCACCCAGAAACGCCACUCUAUAAUGGUGGUAAUGUCAUCCUGGAAUACCUGGACAAUGAAUCCACAGGCCUGAAGGAUGUUUCUGAAUAUAUUACACAGAUGUGAUGAAGCCAAACUAACCCCUGUGUGGCUGGUUUCUGUAUAUAAUUUUUAUUUUAAUACAUACAUUUGUUUUACAUGUUGAA